GACGUCAGCGGGCCUGAAGGCGGAAGUAAGACAAUCAACAGCUGAACACGGAACAGCGACUGAGCUUAUUAUCAGUAGUGUCUAGAAACAAACCGACUCGGAGGGAUUUUUUAGUUUCGCAAAAUACAAAACAAUAUGUCCGUAUUCGGCAAAUGGUUUGGCGGUGGGGGGAAAGGAGGCAAAGGCCCAAGCCCACAAGAAGCGAUCCAGAAACUCCGUGAGACAGAAGAGAUGUUAACCAAGAAACAAGAGUACUUAGAGCAAAAGAUUGACGCGGAACUAUUGACAGCAAAGAAAAACGGCACGAAAAACAAACGAGCUGCUUUACAGGCCCUGAAAAGAAAGAAGCGAUAUGAGAAGCAGCUGGCUCAGAUAGAUGGCACUCUCUCCACUAUUGAGUUCCAGCGAGAAGCAUUGGAGAAUGCUAAUACAAACACAGAAGUGCUUAAAAACAUGGGCUUUGCAGCCAAGGCCAUGAAGACAGCGCAUGAAAACAUGGAUAUAGACAAAGUGGAUGACCUCAUGCAGGACAUCACAGAGCAGCAGGAGUUGGCACAGGAGAUUUCUGAUGCCAUUUCGAGGCCUGUAGGUUUUGGAGAAGACUAUGAUGAGGAUGAGCUCUUGGCUGAAUUAGAGGAGUUGGAACAGGAGGAGCUGGACAAGAACCUGCUGGAAAUUGGUGGCACAGAGGAUGUCCCUCUGCCCAGUGUGCCUUCAAACCCAUUACCCAAGAAACCUGUUGCCCAAAAAAAGAGAGAAGAGGAGGAUGAGGAUGACAUGGAAGAACUCAAAGCAUGGGCCAUGUAAAUUUACCCAAUCUGACAGACUCUCGUUGCUCGUCGUGGUUGGCCUGGGCAGGCAAACCUGAGAACCUUCAGAGGGUUAACACUACAAAACAAAUUUUACCAUAGCUCUUGCAGAGUGGAUAAAACAAGCCCAGAAAAAAACAAGAGUUACAACGAAAAUGGAUAUGAAGCAAGUUAAUCUGACAAUAAAAUCUGAUGACAUAAUAUAUGAAGUGACCCUUAAAUGUUUGGCUAUGGUUAUUUAGGUAAUGCAUUGGUGUUUCUAAUUUUCCCUCUUUUGAUAGAAGUGUUUUUUGACCUCUCUACUAUUCAGAAACUGGUUGUUUUGUUUUGUCAUGGAGAUAAGCAUGUUUGCCAAUACACAAUUUUCAUAUACAUGGUCAACACGCUCUCUCAUCUGAUAUAUUAAAUAUAUUUGGUACUGUUGUUUGCUUCUAUCUUUGAUCUCAAUGUGUUCUGUUAAAUUAAUGUUAUUCAAGCACUUCCAACAGCAUAAGCUUUUUUACAGUUUGUUGACAGUGACAUAUUAUGGUUUGGUGACAAAUAACAAAUUGAAUUGACUAACAUUAGCUCCAUUUUAUAUAUAUAUAUAUAUAUAUAUAAAUAAAUCUGACUGCCCAUCAUGUUUUGUUUGGUGCUGCAUCCAAAUAGUUGCAGAAAAUGACCUAUUUAAUAACAGAUCUUUCCUAUUGUGCUCUUUUCAGGCCUGAUUUGUUGAUGUGCUGAGGGUUUAUCUGACAGUAGAUGGUUGUAAUUAUACAAAAACUACCACUUUUUUUUUUCUUCGUAUGGAAGCAUAUACUUUUUUGAGAUGCAAAAAUGCUGUAUCUAUUCAGGUUGAGGCAUACGUGUACAUUUGUAUGUUUAAAAAAAAUCAGAUGGCUUUUAUUUGAGAGAUCAUUAAACCUGGAUUCCUUUU